UCAAGGAAGCUGCAGUGAGCUAUGAGCUUCAGCCCCCACCUCCGUCACUUAUGUUUACUUGCUUUGUCAGCUGAGCUCGAUAAGGUUGUUUUGUGUGCCUCCUCGCACCCUGAAAUUGGACUUAGGACUUCAACCCUAAAGAGGCUUUAUCAGCAAGUUACGGCUUGCUGACGGCCCUUUUCUCCCCUUCCUCAACGGCAGCAGCGCAACCGAACCAGCAGAACGGGACGCAGUGUACUCGAUUAAUUAAUUACAGCCACUAGCAGUCUAGCAGCAACAGUAGCAAUUGUAUUUAACCUUUAACAUGACACUCAAAUCUAAUAAAAACGAGCCCGCUGCCGUAUUUGAGCGAGUCAAUAGUGCGCAUACCGCGCUUUCAGACCUGUACCUGGAGCAUCUACUGCAGAACAAAACCAAGCCGGAAAAGGUGGUGAUGCAGACGCAGGAAGCCGCGGGAGAGGAGGUGUACACCAACGGGAGCCACCGAUUGGGCAGCACCAAUGGCCCUUCCAUGAAUGGGAAGGAGCUCACCAAGAUGCGCCUGGUGCAGUUUGAGAAGAGCGCUACAGAGCCAAUGGGGGUCACACUGAAACUGAACGAGAAGCAGCGAUGCACAGUGGCCAGGAUCCUGCACGGAGGAAUGAUUCACAGACAAGGUUCUCUCCAUGUGGGAGAUGAGAUUGCUGAAAUCAAUGGGAGCAGUGUAGCUAAUCAGUCUGUGGAUCAGCUACAAAAGAUGUUGAAAGAUACUACCGGAGUCGUCACCUUUAAGAUCAUCCCCAACCAGCAAGCCCAGUCCCUAGCAUUUGAGAUGUACAUGAGAGCUCAGUUUGACUACGAUCCAAUGAAAGAUGAUCUCAUACCAUGCAAGGAAGCUGGUCUCAAAUUCAAAACAGGUGACAUCAUCCAGAUUAUUAACAAGCAAGAUCCAAACUGGUGGCAAGGCAAGCUGGAGGGCUCAGAUUCGGGGUUCGCAGGUCUGAUCCCCUCCCCUGAACUGCAGGAGUGGCGCAUAGCGAGCAAAACCAAGUCCAGCGAGCAGGGGACCCAGUCCUGCAGCCCCUUUGGCAAGAAGAAGAAAUGCAAAGACAAGUACCUGGCCAAGCACAGCUCAAUCUUUGAUCAGCUGGAUGUCAUUUCCUAUGAAGAGGUUGUGAAACUUCCUGCUUUCAACAGGAAAACGCUGAUUCUCAUAGGUGCCCCAGGAGUCGGAAGAAGCCAUAUCAAAAGCACUUUACUCACCAAGUACCCAGAGAGAUUUGAGUAUCCCUCCCCUCAUACCACCAGACCGCAGAAGAAAGACGAAGAGCAAGGGAAACAGUACUAUUUCAUUUCUCAGGAAUCAAUGACAAAGUGCAUCGCGGACAACGAGCUGGUGGAGUACGGCAGCUUCCAGGGACACAUGUUCGGAACCAAGCUGGAAACCAUCCACAAGAUCCACGAGAAGGACAGGAUUGCACUCCUUGACAUCGAGCCGCAGAUCCUAAAACUCCUUCGGACUGCAGAGUUUGCGCCACUAGUGGUGUUCAUCGCCCCGACCAACACAGCCAAUCAGUCUGAAUCUUUGCAACAGAUCCAGAAGGACUCUGACGCCAUGCGCAGUGCGUACGGACACUAUUUUGACCUGACGCUAGUUAACAAUGACGUGGAGGAGACUGUGAAGGGACUGGAGGAGGCGAUGGAGCGAGCCAGCACUGCCCCUCAGUGGGUCCCCGUGUCCUGGGUUUAUUGAUCACAGGUCUUAAUAACAAAACAUUAGCCUACUCCAUUAUUCAGUGUACCCCCUUUUUAAAGAUCAGUAAACCCUCCAGAUGUUUUGUUUUUGUUUUUCUUUUCCACUUUGCAAAGUUGCAGAAUCCCAUUCGAAUACUCUUGUCUGAGAACUGUUUGCAUGUGCAAGUUCCAAUGAGUGACUAGCAUGGGCUGAAGUUUAUGCCUCUGGUAAAUGCCUCUACAGAACAGAUGAACUGGCAGCAAUAAUACUGGGGCCUCAUCCCGGCUUCACUGCUUGUGUAACGUCAGGUUUUACAGUGGAUUCUCAGGUGCCAAUGGUGGAGACUACGCAUCUAUUAAAACUGGGCAUGGUCCACGAUACCAGUCUCUCCAGAUUGGGUAAACCCAGGAUCAGAUCUCAGGGAGAUUAACAAAUCAGACUGUACAAGUGAUAAGCCCCUUUUCACACUAGCACUGCUACCCGGGUCCAGACUAAACGGGUCACAAUCCCGCCUACUGUGAAACCACGUACCUGGGUCAGAGCACACUUUGACCCGGGUUGAGUGGGACAAAAUGCUUGACGGCCGAUUGUGAACCAACACAAUAACAGCCACGCAUGCGUGAAGCUUUCACUCCACAAAGAACAUUUCUAUUUAGCCGUUUUUGUUGUUUGAGACACACCAUGAGCAGCAGGAAUGAAGAAACAUUUGCUGUAAUCAACAUUUGGGCCAACAGUUCAAUCCAAAAAAGCUUAAAUGGAAACGUCAGUAACAAGGUGCUUCUGGGGCAUUGUUACACACAUUGUGUACUCGCGUCUGUCAGCCAGGUCAACCUUGCUUUAUCAAAAGCAGUGUUAAAUUGUGUACCCAACCCGCAUUACAGCAGGUCCUGUCUGGGUAAGAGCAUGCCAGUGCCAAAGGAUGACAAGAGAAAAUGGGAACCUGUAACUUGUUUUUUUUCUUUUGUUUAAGGGUCAGUUGUGCAUUUACAUUCCAUAACAGUACAAUUGUGUGGUAGAGAUCCAUUAAGUGUUUCAGCCCAUGUUUUAUGAGAACAUAUUUAAAUGCAUGCCAGUUAAGUGUAUAUCAGUUCAACACAUCAUUAUUCUAGUAGAGAACUGACUCAAUUCUAGUAAACUGUUGUUGAAAUGGAUCAGGUAUUGAAAGGAUUUGUCAAAACAAAUGUGUGCAGAUUGAUACAAAGGAUUACUGCUUGAUUUUCACGUUAUCCUGAUAAAUAUGCAGUCCCUCCACGAGCUAGAGUACAUAUUUGUUUGUACAAUGUGUAUGCAAAGAAACUUGUUUAAUUUAUCCUCCAUAAGUAAAAAAUACAUUUUGGUUUAGCCAUGUUAUUACAGCUUUUUAAAAAAAAAAAAAAACACAUUUAUCUACAAGUGCCUGCCUCCCUCCCAGUGAAGAUGGCCCUUUCCCAAGGCACAUCUUCCCAUGAGCAAGUGCAAUAACACUUAAAGUCUUGACCUUAAUUGGUGGUCUACUUUGAGAACAUUGUCUUGUGUAACACGCACAUGUGUGGCUACUGAAAUGAUCCGAUCUCCCUUUUAUUUCGGGAAGGAUAUUGUUGUUUGGAACAGUUUGGUGUUGGAUUGUAUUUAUGCCAGGACGUAUUGUAAAAUGGCUGUAAUUUUGAAUUAACUGUCUAAAUGAAA